AUUAAGAUAUUUAGCAAAAACAAUUACAGUUCCUGUAACUUCUAGUGCAAAUGAAGUCCCUAUUAGUUAUCCUACUACUCAAGAUCAACAGGAUGAAGAACUAGAACAAGUUUUAGACGAUUAUGAGGAAAAGGAACUUAGCGAAAUCGAAGCGUAUAUGGCAGACAGUCAGGAAGAAUAUGAGGAGGAAACUGACCUUCUACCCCUCGACUACAACCCCUGGAAUGAAGAAAAUCAUGUCUAUUUAACUCUG